AAAAUCCACAAUCGUCAACCUGCUUUCUAUUUUGUGCCUUUUUUUUUCCUUAUUUAUCGAUCACACCAAAGAAAAAUCUCUCUCUGAAUCGAAUUUUGAUUUUUAGUGGUAAAGCUAAAUUCAUUAAAAAAAGAGAAUUUUGAUAAAAAGAAGAAGUUCAUUGUGGAAAAUUAGAGUGCGCAAAUGGAAGUAGUUUCUGAUCAGGCCACAAGUGUCUGCAGUCACUGUGGCAGAGCUAUUUCUUCUUCAAAUAUUGAUUUGCAUUACGCUCAUUGCUCCCGGAAUCUAGAAAGAUGCAAAGUUUGUGGUGAUAUGGUUCCUAAAAAACAUGCUGAGGAACAUUUCUUAAACAUUCAUGCGCCGGUAGCAUGUUCACUGUGCAGUGAGACAGUUGAACGUGAAAUCUUAGCUCUGCAUGAAAGUGAAAAUUGCCCCCAAAGGAUCGUGACAUGUGAGUACUGCGAGUUUCCAUUGCCUGCAAUUGAUCUAUUUGAGCAUCAGGAGGUAUGUGGGAAUCGGACAGAACAUUGUCAUCUGUGCAGCAGAUAUAUUAGACUGCGUGAAAGAAAUGACCAUGAAAGCAGAUGCAAUGGUGUAAUAGAUAAUACUGCAGAAUCUUCUAGGGGCAGAAGGACAGCUGAAAGAGAGCAUGGUGAUCUGAGAGGGCCUCCACUUGAGUUUUCACGGCGACGCGUAAUGUUUACCAUUGCAAUAAGCACUGCUGUGCUAUUAGGUUCGCUAUUUUUCCAGGGAAAAAUGCAGAAUAAUUAAGUGCAUUAGCAGUGGAGAAAAACGGAGAUAAUUAAGCGCGGUAGCAGUUGAGGGAAACACAUUGGCAGUACAUGUUACCUGGAUUUGUUAUUACAGCAUAAUGCUAUGACUAUUGAACUUUUUUGCUUUAUGUUAAUACUUGGACAGGUAAUGCAUAUCCAUUUCCUUAUUAGAUGAUUCACGCCAUUCAGUUGCAGUAAAUAUGCAUCUGUAAAGAAUUUUUUUUUUUGUAGUAUGCAUCUGUAAAGUUGAGAACAUGUGAUGAAAAUCUUAACUCUGGAAUUUUAGUAGAAUUAUUGCAUGUUGCUUUGUUGACGAUAA